AUGCGGAAUUUCUUAUGGUCUUCAGAAGGCUCAUUUCAUAAAGGUAAGGCGAAGGCUUCGUGGAAGUCGGUUUGUGUCCCCAAGUUUGAAGGUGGUUUGGGUAUUCGGCGAAUUGGGGAUGUAAACAAAGCUCUUAUGAUCUCUCAUAUUUGGAGUAUUUUGAUUAAACGAGAGUCCUUAUGGGUUGCUUGGAUUCAUUUGUAUAGGCUAAGGGGUAAGAGUUUUUGGGUAUGCAAAUCUAUUUCUAAUUGUUGUUGGAGUUGGCGUAAACUCUUACAACUUCGGUCUACUAUUAGAGAUUUUGUUUGGGCCAAGCUAGGUGAUGGUAGCACUACUUCAGCAUGGUACGAUUACUGGUGUCAAAUAGGGCCGUUGGGUAAUUUAAUCUCGCCUCGUUCCAUUGCUACUGCUGGUUUUGAUAUUACAUCUACAGUGCAAGCGGUUCAGCUUAAUGUUGUUUGGCGUUGGCCGGUUGCUUGGCGAGAUUUGGCAUUGAUCAUGUGCAGACGAUCCCCAAUAAACGUGACCAGUUGUUGUGGAAGGAUGGCAAUGUUUUUUCGGAGCAUUCUUCUUCUCGAGUUUGGCAAUCGCUUCGGCAUAGGAACCAAGAAGUCGAUUGGCUAUUCCUUGCAAGUGUGGAAUUUGGUUCGUUCAAAAGGUGGUAUGGAUAGUGUUGGGCCUUUUUGGGAUGAUAUUGUUGAAUGGAUGGCUGCUCGGGUUCACUCAAAAUCGGCCGCUAACUAUGUUAGUAAGCUGGUGCUCGCUGCUGCAUCCUAUUUCAUUUGGCAGGAGCGGGAACUCAAGACUCUUCAAAAACCAAACAAGGCCUCCGGAUGUACUGAGUGA